AAGGAAUGAUGAUGGAGAAGGAGCAACCCCCUCCAGCUAUUAGGACUACAUAGUCCUGGGCUGGCCGGACAUUCAAGGGCUUGUAGUCCUAGCGGGGAAUGACCCCGGGAGGCCGGCCCGGAGGAGGAGUCCCGGGCUUGGCUCCUUUCCCAGAAUUAUUACAUAACCCCGAGACCUCCCAGACGCGGCUCAGAAGCCUCCGAAGAAGCGCUCGCCAUGGGAGACCCGGUCCUGGGCUGGGCGCUGGGAACCUGGGCGCUGCUCCUGCUCCUCCUGGCCCUGGGGCUGCUCUAUGGAACCUGGCCGUUUAAUUUAUUUAAGAAGUUGGGAAUUCCUGGGCCAAGACCGCUGCCUUUUAUUGGAACUUUGCAUGAAUAUCGGCAUGGUAUCCUGAAGUUUAGCCAGACAUGCUUUGAGAGAUACGGCAAAAUCUGGGGACUGUUUGAUGGCCGACAACCUGUGAUGGCCAUUCUGGAUCCCGCCCUCAUUAAAACCAUCCUGGUCAAAGAAUUCUAUACUUAUUUCACCAAUCGCCGGAUCCUUGGUCUGAAUGGAAAUCUGGACACAGCCUUAUCCUUGGUUGCUGAUGAACAGUGGAAGAGGAUUCGUAGUGCCUUGUCUCCCACUUUCACCAGUGGGAGGCUGAAGGAGAUGCUGCCCAUCAUUAACCAUUAUAAUGAAAUCCUGGAGAAGAACUUUCAAAGGAAAGUGGAGAAUGAUGAAGCCAUAGAUAUGAAGUUGAUCUUUUCAGCCUACAGUUUGGAUGUGGUAACCAGCACUUCAUUCGGUGUCGAUAUUGACUCCCUCAACCAUCCCAAUGAUCCUGUUGUUGUGCACAUGAAGAAGUUCCUCAGAUUUUCCUUCCUCAACCCUGUUUUAAUCUUGGCUGUUCUUUUUCCAUUCCUUACUCCAGUGCUGAACAAGCUCAAUCUGACUAUAUUCCCCAAGUCUACCAUAGACUUCCUCCAUCGUGUCGCCAAAAAAAUCAAAGAAGAUCGACAAAAGGAGAAUCACACGAACCGGGUUGACUUUCUUCGGCUCAUGAUGGACUCUCAAACUGCAGCCAAUACCUCUGGGGAGGCAAAUUCAGAGAAAGCUUUAACAGACAAAGAGAUCUUGGCCCAGUCAAUUAUUUUUAUUUUUGGUGGCUAUGAGCCCACGGGAACCUCCCUCAGCUUCAUGUCUUAUUGUCUGGCCAUGCACCCCGAUGUUCAAGAGAAAUUGUACGAAGAGAUCAAUGAAAUUUUUCCCAAACAGGUCCCUCCCACUUAUGAGGGUAUCCAACAAAUGGAAUAUCUAGAUAUGGUAGUGAAUGAAACAUUUCGUCUUUACCCUCCUGGGCCACCACUUGAGAGAGUUUGCAAAAAGACAGUGGAAAUCCAUGGAGUGACCAUCCCAGAAGGGACCGUGGUUAUAAUUCCUGCUUAUGCCCUACAUCGGAUCCCAGAAUAUUGGCCUGAGCCCGAGGAAUUCAGACCUGAGAGGUUUAGUAAAGAGAACAAAGAGAGCCGAGACCCGUAUGUCUUCCUCCCUUUCGGAGCGGGUCCCAGGAACUGCAUCGCUAUGCGUUUUGCCCUGCUGGUGCUGAAAAUGGGUCUGGUGGUAGCACUGCAAAGAUUUCGCUUCCAAACCUGCAAAGAGACACCGAUCCCUUUGGAAUUGAAUGAUACAGGGUUCCUCAAGCCGAAGAAGCCCAUCAUGUUGAAGUUGGUGCCCAGAACUAUUGUAGAACAUGAGGAAUAGAAGACCUGGAGGCUGAAAAGAGGCUGUGGUGUCUCCUUCCUUCCUUCCUUCCUUCCUUCCUUCCUUCCUUCCUUCCUUCCUUCCUUCCUUCCUUCCUUCCUGUUGUGCCUUCAUGUCACAUAACAGCAGCAGUCUGAAUCUAUAGAAUUAAAUGCCUGUUUAGACAUUUCCUCAUGCAGUUUUCAAGGAAUGUUGGAUGCGCCAGUUAAUCUUGGGAUCCCUCCAGUCUUAACUUUUUUAAAAAAAGCUCACUUAUUUAAUAUACACAUCACUUGAUUUUGAGUGACUCCUGCCACAAGCAUUCAAGACACCACUGCAAGUUUCUGAAUCUUUUCUAAGCUUCGCUCUUCUUCUGCCAAAGGAAGUUCCUCAAGCAUCUCCCUACGGACGGACGGCCUCAGGGUUCCUUGAUUGCUGGGGUAGAAAGGGGAUUAAAUAAACAGACGUUUUAUGGAGAGUAGGAGACACCUGUUGGUCACAAAAAGAUUUCACAAUAAAAACACGCUAGCAUCUGGCCUAAACACAGCUUUUGAAUGAAACAAUCAUUGCAUACUGUACCGGGAAAAAUCCCUGAGGUUUACAGCAGCUUUAAUCUCACCAAGAAAUGUCGGAUAUUAAACUUUGGAUCUUCUACAUAUCAAGUGGAUGUUCUCCACUAAGGCAUUUCUCAAGACCUGGAAUAAUGCUCACCAUAAAAGAUGACCUCAUGCCAUUA